AUGGCUACCACGGUAUGGAGACAGAGGGAUAUAGUCGCUGUUCAGAUCCUCGCUCUCGAACCGCUACCGCCGAUACCGAUGCCCAACUCUAAGAAGCCCGCAGGCCACAAAGACUCCAAGACACUUCCACGGUUCUGGUCAGCAAAUGGAGAAAACAUGGAUGAUCUAGCAUACUGGGAGAAGCCCCAUGGUGUCGACAAGGUCAUGGGUCUUGUCUUUUAUGGACGACGACAAACGGUCUCAAUCUUGGAUUGUUAUCUCAAGCGCAAUCUCGUCAAGAACGGAGGUCUACUUGAUGGAGUAAUAUUCGUGGAACGAACCAAAGAUCCCUUGGACCUUGCACUUUUAGAAAAGCUCAUCAAAAGCGAGGAUACAUAUGAGAAGUGGCAGAUCGAUAUGCCUGAUGAAGACAACUUCACAAACGGUUUCGCCAACUCUUACGACCGGAUUGAAGACAAUGUUAUGUACGUCAAGAUCGACGACGAUAUUGUCUUUAUGGAAGACAGUGUCAUCCCAUCAAUCGUCAAAAAGAAGGUGGAUCACCCCGAAUACUAUAUCGUCUCGGCAAACGUCGUCAAUCAACCAGUUCUUAGCUGGGUACACUGGAAUCUCGGUGCCAUACGACCUUAUCUUCCCGAAAUUGACUCCUCCAGUAAGACUUUAACAGUAGAAUCUUCUGGUACGAAGAAGGAAGAAUGGAGCCCUCUGAAUCUUCCUCCAUGGAAUGGCCCCGAGGCUUUCUCUCUUGAGGGAUGGGAACCUGAAGGUACCAAGCACCGCUGGCUGCCCCUCGACAACGGUGGGAAGGAUCACAUUCUUGACUCAACGCCUAUUGAGACGACAGAGUAUAACCCCAUGGGCCGCGGCUGGACCGAGUGGAAGAUUGGCGCACAAGAACACUUCAGCUUCUUUGAGAACCUCUGGAAGAAGACGUUAUCCGCUUACAAGUUCGGCACAUGGGACUUUCAGUACGAGAGAAUGGGCAUCCAGUUCGUUGCCUUGCUAGGCCGAGACAUCAAUCGUGCCAAACCGAUCGAAGCAGACGACGAGAAUUAUUUCACAUGUGCCGUACCACGAGCGCUAGGAAGACAUGCUGUUGCUGAUGGAAGAGGCGUCGCUGCUCAUUAUAGCUUUGGAAGUCAGCGCGCAGGGAUGGAUCAAACUGACAUUCUCGAUCGGUAUCGAUCUUUUGCGCGCUCUCAAAUAUGUGCAGAGCCUAUGUUGUGGACUCCAGAAGAAGGUUAG